GCAGCGCCUGGCGAGCGCCUCUGGACAGUGGUGGCAGCUCCUCUGACACUCAGGGGUAUCUCACCAUGUGCUGCUCCAGGAUAAGGCUCCUGAAAAUUGCCAAAGUCUUGAUUUGCCUCAUUGUUGUAACACAGCUCUGCCUCUUCGUUGUCAAUUCCGGCUCCUUGUUUGACUUGGCGAACACAAAGAUUUUCAGGAAAUUGAAGGUUUUCCAACAUGCCCCAAAGACACAAGAAGUGGACACCCAGGAGAAACAGGGUUUAAACUAUUCUGAUAAUGGGAACUCCAGGAGCACUUGGAAAGUGGCUUUGGGAGGACACUUCUCAAGACUCAAAGAUGUGGUGGAGAAGACACUCAGAUUGAAAGGAAAGGAGGAGCAGAAGGAAACAAUGAAACCAGUUAUGGGGGUUAAGGAAGCCAAGGAGAACAUGGCUGUGAAACCACCACCCCAGCUGGAGGGAGUCAAGAAGACAACAGUGGAAACAGCCCCUAUGGUGCAGGGAAACAAGGGAAAAACAACAGUGAGGCCAGAUCCAUUGGUGAAAGAAGCCAAGGAAAAGACAACAGUGAAACCACUUCCCAGGGAGAAUGGAGACAAGGAAAAGACAACAGUGAAACCACUUCCCAGGGAGAAUGGAGACAAGGAAAAGACAACAGUGAAACCACUUCCCAGGGAGAAUGGAGACAAGGAAAAGACUACAGUGAAACCACUUCCCAGGGAGGAGGGAGACAAGGAAAAAACAGUGAAACCACUUCCCAGGGAGGAGGGAGACAAGGAAAAGACUACAGUGAAACCACUUCCCAGAGAGAAUGGAGACAAGGAAAAAACAGUGAAACCACUUCCCAGGGAGAAGGGAGACAAGGAAAAGACAACAGUGAAACCGUCCUCUGGGGUGAAGGGAGCACAUGAGAACAACACAUCCAAAGACCAAGCAAAAGCCAAAGCACCUCCUGCAUCAAUAAAAACUGGAACACCUGCUCCUCAGGCUGCUGCAGUGACACAGAAGAAGAAACUGAGUGCUGCUGACUUCCCAUCUCAGCCACAUUGGGAUUUUGAGGAUGAGUACCUGCUGGAUAAAUCAUCCCCACCCUCGACCUGCUCUGAAUCAGUGAGGGCCAGGGCUGCCAAGUCUGACUGGCUGAGGGAUCUUUUCCUGCCCAACAUCACACUCUUCAUGGACAAGAGAUACUUCAAUGACAGUGAAUGGAACCGCCUGGAGCAUUUUAUACCCCCCUAUGGCUUCAUGGACCUGAAUUACACACAGGUAAAGAAGGUCAUAUCCCUGCUGCCCCCAAAGCCCCACCAGCAGCUGCUCCUGGCCAGCCGUGACAGCAGCGUGCCCACGUGCAUCAGCUGUGCUGUCGUGGGGAAUGGAGGAAUUCUGAAUAACUCUGGGAUGGGCCAGGAGAUUGACUCCCAUGACUAUGUCUUUAGGGUGAGCGGGGCUGUAAUCAAGGGCUAUGAAAAAGAUGUGGGAACAAAAACCUCCUUUUAUGGAUUCACAGCCUUCUCCCUGGUUUCCUCUCUUCAGAUCUUGGGACACAGAGGGUUCAGCAAAAUCCCGUGGGAUAAACAUGUCAGAUACAUUCACUUCUUGGAGGGAAAAAGAGAUUAUGAGUGGCUGGAGGCUCUUCUGCUCGACAAGAACAUCAGGAAAGGAUUCUUGAACCUUUGGCAGAAGCCCCGGGAGAAAUUCAGUGAUGAUUUCACAAUGGACAGAUACCUGGUGGUUCAUCCUGAUUUCCUCAGAUACAUGAAAAACAGGUUUUUAAAGUCUAAAAGUUUGGAAAAGCACUACUGGAGGCUGUACAGACCCACAACAGGGGCUUUCCUGCUGCUGACUGCCCUCCACCUCUGUGACCGGGUCAGUGCCUAUGGCUACAUCACAGAGGGCCACCAGAAGUACUCAGAUCACUACUAUGACAAGGAGUGGAAACGUCUGAUUUUCUACAUUAACCAUGACUUCAACCUGGAGAAGCAGGUGUGGAAAAGGCUUCAUGAUGAGAAUAUCAUGAAACUUUACCAGAGAACCUGACUGUGGCAAGGGCCAUUGCCUGUGAAAUCUCAACAAUACCUCACUGUGAAGAGAAGAAGACCCCCAAAGCCAAGGUUAGCUCUGGACUGCCAGGCACAUUUCACCCCCGCAAAGACAUUUCCCUCCUUCAGCACCUCUGUUAUUUCACAGCACUUCAACAAAUGUGUGAAUGCUGCAGACCCAAAGUGAGAAAAUGCAGCAUGCCAACAAAGUCCCAUCUGGCUGUGUUGCAGGACUCCUGCUGGUUGAUGUAGGCAGGGGUAUUAAGGGAGCAGAGUCCAGGAUGGAUAUGGUCCUGUGUUCUAUGUGUAAUCCAGGUUUUUUCUCUUUGCAAUGAGGUGCUCCUUAGGCUGGGGCCACUUCUCUUCUGGGUGCAUCCUCUCCAUUAGCAAUGUCCAUUUUGGAGCUGGGUAUCCUCUAAACAAUCUCCCUGAGGAGCUGGAAUGGAUGGAGGUGGAAACACAGAUCCUCUUUCAGGUUGAUUUAAUGUCUGUGGGGUGGGGGGGCUGCACUCACUGUGCUCCCUGCAGAUAAAAAGGAUGGACUGGACACUUCCAGGUGACUAAUUUGAGAGAAUGAGUUUCACCUCUCUCCUCAGUGUGGCUUUGCUAUGACACUCCUAGAGGAGCACUGCCAUUGACUCAAGGGCAGGCAGCUGCUCUCCAGGGUGCAACAGACCUUCUGUACCUGGUGCCUCUUGCCCCAGGGGUCCCCUGGCUGCACAAAAUGGGAAUUUUGUGACAUGGACCUGAUGUGCCAAGUCAUUGCGUAGCUGGACUUCGUCAUGCUUGGCUCCCAGCUGUGCCCAGAGUGCUGUGCUUGUCCUUGCCAGAAGAGGUGGGAGCUCUCCAAGUCCAGGGAUGGAUGCUGUCUGUCCUUGCUGCUGGCUGAAGUGCCUGUUCCCCAUGGUGCUGAGAGGAGCCCAGCUGCAGCCAGCAAACCUGGAGUGUGUUGGCCUCCUGGAAGGGGUUUUGUAAGUGAAAUAAAUGGCAUUACUUU